GCGGCCAUGACUGCGGAGCAAGCGCUGCCCCUGGGCAACGGGAAGGCGGCCGAGGAGGCGCGGGGGUCCGAGGCGCUGGGCGGCGGCGGCGGGGGCGCGGCGGGGACGCGCGAGGCGCGCGACAAGGCUGUCCACGAGCGUGGCCACUGGAACAACAAGGUGGAGUUCGUGUUGAGCGUAGCGGGAGAGAUCAUCGGGCUGGGCAACGUGUGGCGCUUCCCCUACCUGUGCUACAAGAACGGCGGAGGGGCAUUCCUGAUUCCUUACGUGGUAUUUUUCAUCUGCUGUGGAAUCCCUGUCUUCUUCCUGGAAACGGCUCUGGGGCAGUUCACGAGCGAGGGCGGCAUCACGUGCUGGAGGAGGGUCUGUCCUUUGUUUGAAGGCAUCGGCUAUGCAACGCAGGUGAUCGAGGCGCACCUCAAUGUCUAUUACAUCAUCAUCCUGGCCUGGGCCAUCUUCUACCUGAGCAAUUGCUUCACCACUGAGCUUCCCUGGGCUACCUGUGGGCACGAGUGGAACACAGAGAAAUGUGUGGAGUUCCAGAAGCUGAACUUCAGCAACUACAGUCAUGUGUCCCUGCAGAAUGCCACCUCCCCGGUCAUGGAGUUCUGGGAACGCCGGGUCUUGGCUAUAUCGGAUGGCAUUGAGCACAUUGGGAACCUCCGUUGGGAGCUGGCACUGUGUCUCCUGGCGGCCUGGACCAUCUGCUACUUCUGCAUCUGGAAGGGUACUAAGUCGACUGGAAAGGUCGUGUAUGUCACUGCAACCUUCCCCUACAUCAUGCUGCUGAUCCUCCUGAUCCGAGGGGUCACAUUGCCAGGCGCCUCUGAAGGCAUCAAGUUCUAUCUGUACCCUGACCUCUCCCGGCUCUCUGAUCCACAGGUGUGGGUGGACGCUGGGACGCAGAUCUUUUUCUCCUAUGCCAUCUGCUUGGGCUGCCUGACCGCGCUGGGGAGUUACAACAACUACAACAACAACUGCUACAGGGACUGUAUUAUGCUCUGCUGUCUAAACAGUGGCACCAGCUUCGUGGCCGGGUUUGCCAUCUUCUCAGUCCUGGGCUUCAUGGCGUAUGAGCAGGGUGUGCCAAUUGCUGAGGUAGCAGAAUCAGGUCCUGGAUUGGCUUUCAUCGCCUACCCCAAGGCUGUCACUAUGAUGCCUCUCUCUCCAUUGUGGGCCACCUUGUUCUUCAUGAUGCUCAUCUUCCUGGGCCUGGACAGUCAGUUUGUAUGUGUGGAGAGCCUUGUGACAGCCGUGGUAGACAUGUACCCCAAGGUCUUCCGGCGGGGCUACCGGCGAGAACUGCUCAUCCUGGCCUUGUCCAUCAUCUCCUAUUUCCUAGGUCUGGUGAUGCUGACAGAGGGAGGCAUGUACAUUUUCCAGCUUUUUGACUCAUACGCCGCCAGUGGCAUGUGCUUGCUCUUUGUGGCUAUCUUUGAGUGUGUCUGCAUCGGCUGGGUGUAUGGAAGCAACCGGUUCUAUGACAAUAUUGAGGACAUGAUUGGUUACCGGCCACUAUCACUCAUCAAGUGGUGCUGGAAAGUCGUGACUCCUGGGAUCUGUGCGGGCAUCUUCAUCUUCUUUCUGGUCAAGUACAAGCCGCUCAAGUACAACAACGUGUACACAUAUCCUGCUUGGGGCUACGGCAUCGGCUGGCUCAUGGCUCUGUCUUCCAUGCUGUGUAUCCCGCUCUGGAUCUUCAUCAAGCUGUGGAAGACAGAGGGCACCCUGCCCGAGAAAUUACAGAAGUUGACAGUCCCCAGCGCUGAUCUGAAAAUGAGGGGCAAGCUUGGGGCCAGCCCACGGACGGUGACCGUUAAUGACUGUGAGGCCAAGGUCAAGGGCGAUGGCACCAUCUCUGCCAUCACAGAGAAGGAGACGCACUUCUGAGUCACCACCAGCCACUUGGAUGCGGCUCCAACCUUUCUU